AUGUGGACUAUAGGCAUUUCAUUGCUACUCUUCAGCAUUCCACUAUCGACUGCUUAUCCACAAUUCAACAUAAACGCCGAAACUUCUCUAAACGGCAAUCCUUUACUUUUCGAGGGCGAUCUGCAAAACGAGCAAUCAGUUUUGGAAUGGCUUAUUGAUGAUGACAAUCGUGAAUUGGCAGAUGAAAUUGAAGAAGUAAAUGAACGCAUGCUGGAACGUUUGAUGGCCGAAUCCACAUUAUUGGUGGUGUUCUUUUAUGAUGAAGAUUGCGCCGAGUGUGAAGAAAUUCUUGAAGAACUUGAAGAAAUCGAUGGCGAAGCUGAUAUGUUUGGCAUUGAUUUUGUAAAAAUUGCUAGCGUAGAAGCGGCUAAGAAAUACGAUGUUGUGAAUAUACCAUCACUGGUCUACUUUAGAAAGCAAGUUCCUGUAUUGUACGAUGGCGACUUACACCAACAUGACAAGGUUAUUACAUGGCUGACUUCGCAGGAUGUUUUCGAAAUUAAAAAUGAAAUUGAGGAAGUCAAUCGUAAGAUGUUGGAUAAACUACUCGAAGAAAAUGAAUUCAUAACGGUGUUCUUUUAUGAACACAAUCAGCAAGAUAGCAUAGCCGCAUUGGAAAAACUUGAAAACAUUGACAGUGAAACGGAUAAUCUGGAUAUAACAUUUGUGAAGAUGGCCGAUUCGCGCUAUGCCAAGAAGUGGGGCGUUACAAAACUGCCAGCUAUGGUCUAUUUCCGACGAAGGUUCCCCAGCAUUUAUAGAGGUGACCUUCUCUCUGAAGAUGAGGUUUUGGAAUGGUUGCGCAAGAAUCGUUUCCGCCAACCAGAACUGAAUAUAUUUAUGUAUGCGCUAAUCGCAUUGGCUGUUGGUUUCUUACUAUACACUGCCUUCCUACUGCAAUGCUUUAAACCAGCGCCACCACCACCACCGCAACAUCCCAAACAGUCGUGAUAAAAUUCUAUAAUCUGGUUUAAAAGAAAAUCUAGCUGCAUUAAUGCUGCGAAUAAAUCAUUGCACUGGAACAAAAUCACGAAACAACUACAACAAGGAAUGCAAAUUAUCACGAAUUAUCAUCCAAUGACGACAAUCGUCUAAAUUAGACGUGAAACGAAUUUGAGAAAAACAACAACAAAAUAAAAUAAAAAUAUGGAUUACAAAGAGCCGAAAGCGAACCCAUAUUACCGUUUAAAAGAGAGAGAGAGACAUAAAAAGCAUCGAUGAAUGUAAUUUGGGAAAAGCUAUUGGUUAUAUGAAAUUUUAUAACUGUAACUGAACUAUAUACAUAUAUAUAUAUAAUAUUGUAACAAAGAACUCAAAACCACGAAACCGUCAAAAGCUAAACCGCCGCAACUUGAACCCAAACGGAAAUGAGAUUUUAUUUAUUUGUAAAAUUAGACAAAAAAAAAAACAAAAACUUUUUUCGUUAAUUAACGACGCUCGAUAAAGAAAAAAACAAUAUAAUUUAUAAAACAAACUGUAACAAAUC